CUAUGAAGAAUCAUUUCAGGCUGUAUCUGAUCCUGCAAAAAGUCCUGUGCAAAGACUUUCCAGGACCAAAACUACAGGCACCAUGGAUCCAAAGCAAAUGUGGACUUACAUGAAAUCUCCUCCAAUAACUAGUAUACCUUGCCUUGUUAUCACAAAACUGCUAUUUCUGGCUCUUCCCAUUGCUCAGAUUGCAAUAGGUGCAGUGUAUCUGCACGACUGUCCCCAGCAGCACUAUAUCCCAGUGUAUGUGCUGGUAUGUGGCAUAUUUAGUGUAUUUCUGGCCUUGCUGUCUUGUCUGCCCUGUGCCAAGGAGACGGAGGAAGGAGGUCAGACUACACUCAGCCGAACCUGCAAUGUGUGGAAUUCCCUUGUUUCUAUCUUCUUGUUCUGCUGGAUGAUUUGUGGCAGUGUGUGGAUUUACUCUAUUUAUCAACCUAACUACAAUGAAACCGUGGCCGGAGAGCUCUACUGCAAUAAGACCCUCUACCUGUUUGCAUUCUGGACCACUACACUGGGAUACAUUCUGUUAGGUCUGGCACUGUUGGUUGGGUGCUGUUUUUGUAUCUGUGCUUGCAUUUGUGGAAUAAAAGAGGGUUAGCAAAAACUCUGUGGACCAUAUUAAUGGAUCUUGAUGACAGGGUUUUUUAUUUUUUUUUUUUUUUUUUUUUUAAUAAAUUCAUUUGAGCUUUAUGUAUAAAUACUGUGUUUAAAACUAAUGUUUAAUUGUCUUUAAAAUAAUUUGGUUUGGGUAGUAUUUUAAACAUUGAUAGUAAAUAGAAAUAAUGUUGUUGUCUUGUUAUUAUUAUUAUUAUUUUACUUUUUUGCUUAAAAUGAAAAUUAAAUCUUAUUAAUAGUACCUUAACAUUUGUUUUGAAACUGAAUUUUCAGAGGAGGGACAGAGUGGUUAAAAAAACCUAAUGGGCAGUUCAUUAGCUGCUACCUUUGUCUUCCCGUAAGAGUGGGCGCAGCAUUUUGCGUGUCCUUGCAAAAAUAAUAAUCAGACAGUCCGCUCAUUAAUUCAGCAGGAUAUUGUUAUUCUUCCAGUUAGGAUUCAUCAGGAGUACAAUUUAUAAUGAAUGUGUGCUAUUCUGGAAGGACGUAGUACUCGGGUUUGCUGAAUAUUCACAUUCACAGACCUCUCUUUUAUUUGAGCAAUACCUUUCACUAAUCCAGUUGUCUAAGAACAAAAAAAGCUUUAAAAACUUUAUCUGUGAGUAAUUCUUUUCCUAUCUUUAAUGGGUUUAAAAGUCAGUUUGUAAUGUAUUAAACACCCCCUUUUUUCUUUUAUUUUCAUUGUAAUUUACUUGUCAGUGUCUAUUAUUUUUGAUGGUUAUAUUACUGUUUGUAUUGUUUCUGAGAAAUAUUAAA